UCAGCUUGCAAUCCAAAAUUAGGGUUCUCUUGACCUUACUUCCCAAUUGAUCUCCCAUGUCUGGUCAUUUGCCAGAAAGUCCAAAGAAACCAUUCAUGACCGUGAAGAAGGAGACUAUCCGCAUCUAGAAUAGAGCAGAGCGACCAUCUUCACGAACUCAGGUAAGUGACCAUCUUCAUUCCUGGCGUCGUCAUUGGUGUCUCCAAGAUCAUUUUUUUAGAGUUCCAACUUCGAUCCUGAUAAGAGGGGCUAAAGAAAGACUCCUUUCAUGUAAUAAAAAAGAAUGUAUGAAGUAGCAGAAUUGAGAAUACAUGAUGGCGGAAAUUUCAAGAGGAAAAUGGAGAAGUGUACAGAUAUGUGCCGGUUGAAUCAGAGGAAACAUCUGUACUUCAAGAGGAAAAUGGAGAAGUGGACAGAGAUAGAACUCCAGUGAUGCAGUGUGACAGUGAAGAUCUGGGUUGGGUAAAGAACAACUCAAAUAGGGCAGAUUUGGACACUGAAUGUGGGGACGAUGACGAUUGCAGCGUUUAUAAUGACUCUGAUGACCCCUCUUGUUCUGUAGCCGACUCUGAAGAAGAGGACUGUGUUUCCGAGGAACAUCCCAAACGGAAGAAGACAUUGAAGAAGCCAUCUUAUGAUCCUAAAUGUGAAUCACAGGAGCUGGAGGUCGGAAUGUUAUUUGAUGACGGGAAACAAUUUAAAAGUGCCUUGAUCAAGUAUGCAGUGAUGAAUAAAAAGGAUGUAAGAUGGAUUAAAAACGAGCCUCUUAGAGUUCAAGCAGGAUGUUCGACUAGAGUUCAAGCAGGAUGUUAGACUAGCAAUACAAUGAUAAAAUAGCAGUACAUUGCCAUAGCUAUUGUUCAUAUAAUGGCCUUUUUGUAAUAUGUAUUUGCCAUGUAUUGAUUGUCGUAUGUUAAUUUUAUAUGGUGCAUUUGCAAACUUGUUGUUCAACCUGUGAAGGAACCAGGGAAGGCAGGGAGAUCAAAGCUGUUGUGUGUUCAAGUUUAUUUAUAUUUUUGGUCCCAAC